UGCUGUGAUUAUGAAGUUCUAUAUAUAUCUUGAAUCAAUGUAUUGAUAAACCUACAUGUCAUAUGACAUUACUGUAUUACAGGAAGGAAACAAAUAUAGCGUUUGAAAGAGAUUAACAGACCAGAACAUAUCACUUGGAGAGUAUUAUUGAUAGAGCUGUUCUGUUCAUAACAGAGACAGAGUUGAACGUAGGGAAAUACUCUAGGAAAAUAAGUCAUACUUAGCAAGCAACAAGGAGAAUUUAUUCGCAAUCUCUAUAUUGUGUUCUCUGACAACACUGUCAAUAUCAUGAAUCUUCCUGGGACAUUUGUUAAAGGGUGGCACAAUGCCGACGAUGUAAUGAAGAUGAAAUACAAUGCACUGGGCGCAACAGGGAUGGAUGUCUCUCUCCUAAGCUUUGGGGCGUCUUCUCUUGGCAGCGUCUUCCACGAGACAGAUGAGGAAGAGUGUAUAAAGGUGGUAGAAAAGGUUGUGAAAAGUGGCAUCAAUCUAAUUGACGUUGCUCCUUGGUACGGUCAUGGUAAAGCUGAAACUGUAUUGGGAAAGGGCUUGAAGAACAUUCCAAGAGAGGCCUAUUAUUUAACAACAAAGGUUGGAAGAUAUUUACCGGAGGUUUCAGAGACGUUUGAUUUUUCUGCAGAAAGAACUCUACGAAGUGUUGAUGAAAGUCUCGAACGACUUGGAUUGACGUAUAUAGAUGUCAUACAGGUACACGAUAUGGAGUUCGCACCAUCGUUGGACAUUAUCAUAAAUGAGACACUGCCUGCUUUACAAAAGGCGAAGGACAGUGGCAAAGCCCGGUUUAUAGGUAUCACGGGGUACCCCUUAGGAAAUUUCAAGGAAAUACUGGAGCGUUCAACUGUGAAAAUUGACACAAUCUUGACAUACUGCCACGGGAGUAUGAAUGACAACUCACUACAAGAACAUAUUGGUUAUUUCAAGAGUAAAGGUGUCGGUGUUAUAAACGCCUCUCCAGUGUCCAUGGGGCUCCUAAGUGAUCGAGGGCCACCUGCCUGGCACCCUGCCUUACCUCAUAUUAAGGAACAAUGCGCAAAGGCUGCUGCAUAUUGUAAGGAGAAAAAGGUUGACAUUUCAAGACUAGCUCUCCAUUUUACUCUGGCCCAACCCAAUGUUGCGACCACACUAGUUAGUUCUUCCAAAUUGGCGAACAUAACAAAGAACAUUGAAUCUGUAUACACACAUUUGUCUGAUAUGGAACAGAAAACCUUAGAUGAGGUCAUGGAGAAGUUUAUGAAACCACUGAAUAACCAGCACUGGGAGAAUGUCGAAGUUGAUGCGUAUUGGAAACAACUGAAUGCAUUGAAAGAUGGAACCACAUAGCCUCAACAAAAGAUACAACAAAGCAUUUAUAUUGGCAUUGUUUUUGAUGCAUUGAUAGUGUGAUUUUGGAUUUGGUUGGGUCAGCUUAGAGUGGCCCUUGAUCCUUAAAUGUUGCAAAAAUAAGUACAUUUAUUGUGGCAGAACGGCUUGUGAAGCAUGUAUGUAUGUAUGACGAGGGUCAGAAUUAGAGAUGGAACCCUUGUUAAUAUAUAUAAUAUAUAUUUUGUAUAUGGUAUGUAUUAUAGAUGAAUAUAAAAUGGUUCAUUCUGUACAG